AGAACUUUCUGUUUUCAUAGCGGGCCGCGGCAGAUACGAAAAAUGGCAGAAUCGAAGAGUCGCUGUUUCUGUUGUGUUCCAGGCUGUUCGUCUUCCAACCAAAAACAGCCCUACCUUUCAUUUCAUUCUUUUCCUGUGGAUCCAAACCUGAAACCCAAAUGGAUACAGGUGAUCCGAAGAGAGGAAAGGCAUAGUUUUAAUGUAAAAACAGGUAGCACCUAUGUCUGCAGCCGGCACUUCGCUCCGGAUGAUUACAGUGGUGGCUGCGUUUCUCGUCGCAUGAAGAGUGGUGUUGUCCCAAGCCUAUUCCCUUGGAACAACUUUACUGCUCCUUUGAGAAGGGAGUCAGUAUAUGACAGAACCUUCAAACGUCAGUCUAUACAGCUAUGCUGUGAAGAUAGCGACAUGUUGGCUAAGGCAGUAAGGAUGGAUCAUGACUACGUGACACACCCACCUGCAGGUGCUCUGGAUGAGGCUUUGGAUUACAUCCAUGACUUAGAAGCCAAGUUGCAAAACACUGGUCUACCAACCCUACUCUCUUCAGCCGAUACUGUUCAUCGGACAACCAAAUACGUUUCUACACCAAAUUUCCAUCCGAGAGUGUUUUUACUAUUUUUUGGGAGUCGAUUGCACCAUCUGCACUUAGACUGGUAUACGGGACCAAAGCACAGAGGGCAGGUGAGGAAGGCUGCGAAGAUCCCAGCCCACCACGCAUCAUGCCAUUAAUAGAUGAGUUCUUGAUGUACUCCAUGCGGGUUGCUGUUGGCAUGAAGGAGCAGCUCAUUGCUGACAUGUUUAAUGUGAGCAUUGCCAGGGUUAGCAGGGUUAGCAUCACCUGGGCCAAUUAUCUUUUUAUGAUGCUGAGCUCACUACCCAUCUGGAUAAGCAGGGAAAAGGUUAAGUCCACUAUGCCCCUUAAAUUCCAGAGGUGCUGUCCCAAUGGCAGAGUGAUACUGGACUGCACAGAAAUUGCCCUGGAAACAGCCUCAUCCCUGACCUUACAGUCAGAAAGAUUUUCAAGUUACAAAAACAGGACGACAUUGAAAGGGCUAAUUGGAGUUGCUCCCAAUGGUUUGGUGACAUUCAUCUCACCCCUAUACACUGGGUGCAUCUCAGAUAAGGAGAUCAACAGGAUCAGUGGAGUCCUUCCCUUGCUGGAGCCAGGAGACGAUGUCAUGGCGGACAAAGGGUUCCUCAUUCAAGACCUCCUUGCUGACGUUGGAUCUAAGCUCAUCAUUCCACCUUUUAAGCGUUCAGC